AUGGAAGAUUAUAACUCAAUAAAAUCAUACCCUAAUAAGCAAAUGGAGCAAAAUGAAUCCACAGAUAGAAUCAGCAGUUUGCAUGACGAAUUAUUAGGUCGAAUUCUAUCUUUUAUGCCUACAAAGUAUGCUGUCGCUACAAGUAUUCUUUCUCCUAGAUGGAAGAAUGUUUAUAAAUUAAUCUCAACCCUUGAUUUUGAUGAUUCCCUAAUCACAUCUAAUGCUCCUCAACAUCAUGAUCAUUUUAAAAGGUUUGUGAAUGGUAUCUUACAACAAUGCAAGAAAACUUAUAUUGAUAAGUUUAAGUUAAAUUGUGAGAAUGACAAUUAUGAAAAUUCGGAGAUUGGAAUAUGGGUUCGUGCUGCAGUUAUGCUUAAAGUGUCUAAAUUCGAGGUAACAAUCCAGAAAGAUGUACAUUGUAUGUUACCUCUCCCUAAAUGGUUCACUCAACAUUUGGUCGUGUUGAAGUUGGAUUGUAGUUUUAAAGUACGUGUGCCUAAAUUUGUAAAGUUCCCAAAUCUUAAGGUACUCCACCUUAAAGAAGUUACUAUUGAAGAAAACGGUACAAAUGGGCUUAAUAUGGUUUUAUUAGGGUGUACAUCACUUGAAGAAUUAGUGAUUGUUGAUACUCAAACACAAAAUUUACCUAUUGGGUUACGAUAUGAAAUACAAUUUUCUGAAUUGAUGUGUAAGAAUAUAAUAGUGUUAACGUUGGAUUGUAGUUAUACACUAUGUAUUCCGAGUGUUGUCGUAUUUCCUAAGCUGAAAAUAUUGUUCCUAAAAGGAAUAACAUUAAAGAGUAUGCCUAGAAGUUUAGUCCCUUUGGUUUACUAUCGUAAACAAGUUAACGAUUAUCACACUCUUAAUGGAAUUUUGUCCGUGAGUCCAUUACUCGAAGAAUUGGUUAUAAAUGGGUGUAAUUGGGGAGGUGGUAAUCUUUACUUAAGGAAUCCAAUGAUGGAAAAAUUGACAAUUGAGGAUGGACUUGAUGGACCAAUCGACCAAUUUAGUAAUUGUACGGUUCUCUUAAAUUUGUCGAAGUUGGUUUAUUUUAACUAUCAUGUAGGGUUAGCUAAACAAUAUGUUAUUCAAAAUUUGAAUUCUGUCGAACAAGCACAAUUGGAGGUGUGUUUUAAUGAUUUGGAUUACGAUGAUGAACAAGAUCUUUGUGAUACUAUGCUCGAACUUAUCGAAGGGAUUCGUUUUUGUCGAUCAUUGCGUUUGUCCGCCCAAUGCACGGAGGCCCUGACCAGUGGCGCUUUUGAACUGCCAAUAUUUCGUAAUUUGAUUGAAUUAAACAUCACUCUUGGCGUUCAUGUUAAUUGGAAGGAUGUGGUGUUGGACUUUUUGAAUUGCUCACCAUGCUUGGAAUCUCUCACCUUAGUGCAGGAUGGGAUGGACACAGAAUUAGACGGAAAUUUCCUACUAGAAGCUGAACUUGUGGAUUGUGUGUAUUCUAAGUUAAAGUUCAUUAACAUUAGAAAUUUUCAAGGAUUGGAAGGUGAGACGAAAAUGUUGAUGUACUUCCUUAAGAAUGCUACUAAUUUGGAGGAAAUGGUUAUUCAUUGGAAAUCAGCAAAUAAGCCUGUGGUAUUUCUCAAUAUACAACAGAAUGUUCUCUCUGUUCCGUAUAGUUUUUGCCGUUCAAUUAGAAAAGUUCGAACAUAG